AUGAACCCAGACAUUGAACAGACCGAGCAUUCUACAACAGCCUCCAGCGACUUCACAAGCAUGGAUUUGGAGGUCCAAACAGCCAGCACCAGCUUUUCUCAAACACUGCAUUCAGUUGUUGCUUCCAUCUAUCCGUCCCUUGAGCUCUGGGCCUCCACUUCUUUUCAAAGUCCGAUGAGUCAUGAAGUAUUGAGUGUUUCGUCUCUGGUCCCUUCUACAGUCCUCACACUCUUGCCUCAGUUUGAGCCCCCAGUUAGUGGAAACUUAUACCCAGAGCGUCCAUCUUUUGAUGAGGUAACAUCAGAGCCUCAGCUUCCGGGAACUUCAUCCUCUCUGUCUUGUUCCUCAGAGGACAAAGAUCAGAAAACCGUGCCCUCACCACUUCCUUGCAGUGAUAAUUCCCAGGAAGUUCAGCUGAGGAAACCAUCUGAUGCAGGCCCAGUGGAGGAGGGAUCAGUAGGACUAAUUUUACCCAAAGAUCCUACUGAUGAAGAGCAAGAUUCAGCGCCUCAAGCCUGUUCGUCUCGGGAGCUGCUACUGAUCGUGAGCUUCCCCAUCAUCAUCAUCAAAUUAGUCAUCACCUCUGCUCUCUUAGUCAAGUUCCUGGUAUUCCCCAGUGAACCGCCUCCUCUCUGUGGCUUAAAAGGAAACUGCAGUGUCCCAACUCAGCCUUAUCUGUCUAAGAAUCCAGUAAAUCAGACAGAUAACAUCACUGCAGAUUGCACAGUUCUGGUCGGUGGUGGCCGACGUAUUGUUGGGGGGACGUUGGCGGCCAAGGAAAAGUGGGUGUGGCAGGUCAGCAUGCAAUGGAGAGGAAAACACGUCUGUGGAGGGGCCAUCAUCUCCCCUCACUGGGUCAUCACUGCAGCUCACUGCUUUGUUGAGAACAACAUGCUCGAAGUGUCUGACUGGCUGGUGGUGGUGGACACAGUCAGCAUCGCAGACGUCUCUCUGGGGGACCGUUACAGAGCUCUGCAGGUUCUCUAUCACCCUUGGUUCGACAAAUACAACAACGACUAUGACGUGGGCCUGCUGCGCACCAUCACUGACAUGGACAUGGGAGGCUUUGUGUCAGAUGAGCUAAGGCAGGCCCAGGUCAAAGUCAUAGCUCAACCGGUCUGUUCACACCCGAGCGUCUACGGCAAUUACCUAACCCCUCGGAUGAUUUGUGCUGGCACCAUGGAUGGAGGAGUGGACUCCUGCCAGGGGGACAGUGGUGGGCCCCUGGUGUGUGAGACAGCCAGUGGGGAAUGGAGGCUGGCAGGUGUGGUGAGCUGGGGAGAGGGCUGUGGACGACGCAACAAACCAGGCGUCUACAGCAGAGUAACCCAACUGAUCCAGUGGGUUAAAGAACAUAUAGAGGACAAACCAGAAGAAUUGGAGGGGACCACGACAGCCAUUAUCGACCCCUCACAGAAACCAGACUCUUUUAACUGGCAAUAAAAUAGCAAAUUAC